ACUACAGUGCGCCUGCAUACUUAGAGGUAGGGAAGUGCUCUUUCCCCAGUCAGUUUGUGGCUGGUGAUGUGACAAGAAUACACCGUGAAUAGGAAUAACAUCGUUUGGUUAACUUCCACCCGAAACUAGACCUGGUGUAAAGCUGGCCAUCAGCAGGUCUGUCAGUGGACGACAAUCCCAUAGACGUCACAGGAAGUUGGGGAAAGACCUGUCUCUUCACAUUGCCUAGUUAUCUAGUCUGAGUUUAACAGCAGCAGCAACAACAACAAAAUCAGCAACAACCAGGGCCUCUGAGCCCUAUGGAUCUGGACAAAGACCUUGUUUAAUACACUGGUCUGAAUCCAUGGCACCUCCUCCUCCGCCACCUCCUCCUCCACCACCACCACCACCUCCUGGCCCUCCACCUCCUCCUGGUCCUCCUCCUCCUCCUGGUCUUGGUCCUCCAGGAAAUGGCCUCUCCCGCACAGGCUUCACCCGCCGCUCCAAGAUGCGCAAGUUGCACUGGGAGGUCAUUCCCCAGCAUAGCGUGGUGGGCAAGGACAACAUCUGGACUGAGAAGCCCACGCGUACGGACUAUGAACUGGACACCAAGGGCAUGGAGGAGCUGUUCAGCCACAAGGACCAGAGCCCCGCACAGAAGAAGGCCAGCCUUCGCCGCAGUAUUCAUGGGAUGCCAGGAAGCACCCAGGGAACUGAGGUAACCAUCCUGAGCUCCAAGAGGAACAUGAACAUUGGAAUUUUCCUCAAGCAGUUUAAGCGGCCCAUUUUGGAGCUGGUGCGGGAGCUGAGCCAGGGCCGCAGGGAGGGGUUCGGCAGGGGCAAGCUGCGGGAGUUGUGCAAGCUACUUCCAGAGGACGAUGAGGUGAAACAGCUGCGUGCGUAUGAAGGUGAUAUCUCAGUGCUCUCUGAAGCUGACCUCUUCAUGGUUCUCCUCAUAAAAGUUCCUGGCUAUGAGCAAAGGCUCCGGAGCCUGGUGCUGAAAGAGGAGUUUUUCCCCUUCAUGGACGAGCUUAAUACAUCCCUCGACACCAUGACCGCAGCUGGCAAAGAGCUGCUGGAAUGUGCUGAUCUUCACUCCAUCAUCCGCUUGGUGCUGAAGACCGGCAACUACAUGAACGCAGGAGGCUAUGCAGGCAGUGCUGUUGGCUUCCGGAUGACCUCAUUGCUGAAGCUGGUGGACACCAAGGCCAAUAAGCCAGGCAUGAACCUCAUGCACUAUGUGGUCAUGCAAGCCCAGAAGAUUGACAUGGCCUUGCUGAAGUUUCCAGACCAGCUGAAGCACCUGGCUGAUGCAGCACGAAUUCAGAAGCAGGAACUGGAAGCUGAGUUUCAGCGCACGGUAAAGAGGGUUCAGGUCCUGAAGGCUGAUGCGGAGAAGCAACCUGAGCUGAAAGAGCAGACGGAGGAGUUCCUAAAAGAUGCUGAGUCUUGUCUGGCUGAAACGGAGGCGUCUCUUCAGGACCUGAACUCGGUGUCCCAGACGGUGGCCGAGUACUUCUGUGAGGACCCCGCACAGUUCAGGCUGGAGGAGUGCUGCUUCAUCUUCCACUCCUUCUGUGAGCGGUUCCAGAGAGCCCUACAGGAGAACCGCGAUCGCGAGAUGGCGGAGGUGAAGCGCAGGCAACGGGACCGUCUGCAGCAGUGCGCGGCCAAGCGUCGCUCCACGGCCUCCUGCUCCACGCGGGACACCGACCUGGAGGGCGUGGCCCUGGAGAACGUCCUGCAGCGCUUCCUCAGCUCCCGCCGCUCCUCGCGCCGACGCGGAGGCUCCGGCACCGGCACCAGCUCCAGAUCGCACUCCCCUUCCGGGUCCAGCUGUGGAAGCCUGUCGGAGAGCACUCCUACCAGGGAGAAUGGCACGCCUCCGCAAAGGGCAGCCAGCCUUCCUCAUAGGACCACUAAGACUGAAGGAGGAGAAGGAGGUGGUGGUGGUGUUGGAGAAGGAGGAGGAGACAGUGUUGGGAGUGGUGGAGAUGGUGUUGAAAGGGAAGGAGGAGUUGUAGUAGAAGGAGGACAAGGUGGAGUAGGAGGAGGUGGUGAUGAGGAUAAUGGUGGUGGUAAGAAGGACUCUACACCCACUAAAGGAGCUGAGAUGCAGAGGCAACAGAGGAACUCAACGAGAUCUCAGCAUUCUCUGGACAAGGAGAACAUCCCGAAUUCCGAGAAUAUCAGCGCCAUCUCUCCAACACCACCAUCAUCACCACCACCACCAUCAUCACCACCACCACCACGGGAGGAAGAUGGAGGCAAUAAGAUGUCAGAGGAGCAGGAGCAGCAGCAGGAGGACCCGAGCUCCACCCAGAGCCCGCGGUGCUCCACUCCCAUCUCCAGGCGUAGUAGGACCGAGAGCGUGUUCUCCUCCGGCAGCAGCGGCCAGGCCAGCGAGUCGAUGCUCGAGGACAGCAUCGGACGCCACAACAGUGGUGGUAACGUCGACGUCAGCGCGGAUGGGGAGGAUGAGGAGGAGGACCGUGUGGCGCAGGAGGAGGCGGCGGCAAAGAUGCGCGAGGUGGCGCGUAAGGUCCUCCGCUACCAGAACAGCCGCAGCAGCCUGUCGUCCGUCUCGGGCUCAGCUGACGUCCCAUUAGACGCCCAGCGGUCGCCCGGCAGCGGCUGUGGAACUCUACCGGCGUCACCGCGGCAACGCACUGUACUGGACGAACCGGAGACAUCGCAACAGCAGCAGGUGGAUGGUGACAGGGAGGCAGUGGGGUCGUUGCCGGCGGCAACCGCGACUGCAGGACAGGGAGAUGGAGAAGGCCAUCCCAAGGUCAUCCUGAGGCCACACCAGCGCUUCCUGCAGAGCAAGGCCAACGGCAUCGUCCGCCGUCACACGCUCACUCUGCCCACGGUAACCAAAGCAGAGGACAGCGACGAUGACGACGACAUCUGGAUCCCGACGACGGAGGUGAAACGCCCCAGGGCGCCCCCUCUUGGCCUGCUGGGGAAAAUCAAGUCGGCACACUUCUUCUGUGCUGACGCGGCCAACUCUUCCUUCGAGUGUGUGGACACUCCAGUGAAGGACCCUCCUGCCCGGCCCUCUGUGAAGGAGUCGGGGGAGGGGGAGGGGGAUAAACCGGUGUCGGUUCCCUCGCUGAACUUUAACCUGAUGCAGGGGAGCCUGGUGCAGAGACGCAGCGCUGCCGGUAGUUCCUCUGGAUUCAUGGCCUUCUUUAAACGCCUCAGUGAAAGGGCAAAACCUGUUUGAAAACACUAACCUGACUGACCAACUUGUGUGGAAAAAUCUGACCGACGUCAGUGCCUGAAGCCGUUGCUGUGUAUGUGUUUUUUUAUUGUUUUAUUUCAUGUGAGAGAGGCUUCCUCUUCCGUUUUCCUUGUAUUGGUUUAAUUGUUCAGUGAGUCUGGGUGUUCUGCUUUUUUGUUGUCUCCAUUUUUCAGUGACACAUUUUAAGGACUGUGACUAUAUUUUAUUCUCUGUGUUGGAGAUUUAUAUAAUGUAUACAACUUUUGGACGUUUUUUAAAUGGGCUCAGAAUGACUGCGGUUCUCUGUCUGGAAUUCCUGUGAAACACACAUACAUGCUAUGUCCAGAAAUAUCCACUAGGAGGCAGUGCAUAACAUGAAGAGGACCUGACGAUGUAAUGUCUCAUGUUUUUUCUCAUUUUAUCCAUCCAUUUCAGCAGUGAUAACUUAAUUUGUAUUUUAAUUUAUGCAAUACUGUACCAUAGGUUUUCAUUAAAUGUGUGUCUUUAUUUUUAAUCACACAAUACAUUUAGUUGUGAUGACAGCUAUUUCUCUGGUUCUCCUCAAGACUUUCAGAGCUUUCAAGAUUACCAUGAACACCAAAAUAAACCCUCCGAGAAAGGGCAUUUGGCAAGUUUAUUUGGCUGAGGUGAUCAGGCUGAAGUACGUCCAAGGGUCUUAAAUAGGUCAGGGCAACAAUAGCAGUAGUUUCUCUCUGUUCUGCACUGGAGGUAGCUGGCAGGCAUGCAGGGCCGGAUUAAGAUUGCUUGGGGCCUCUAGACUACAGGUUGCUGUGGGCCCCCCAGGGAAGGCAAAUUUUGCAACAAAUUAACAUAGACAGCGUCAUAAUUAUAGGCUAAGAAUUACAGAUAACAUGUCUAUCAACUGAGCUCAACACGACAGAUGAAUUU